CGACACAUCCUCGAGGGUCAUGAUGAGCGGGUCAAAGCGCGCUCGACCCUCCAUUCGCACCCUCUUACCCUGACCAUCGCUAUCAAAAGACGAGCUGCUACCUCUCAUAAUCUCCCGCCUCAAUCUUCCCCACCUCUCAUCUCCAGCCGCACCUGCCGGCGUCGGCGCCGCUACAAGAUGACCGCCGCGCCUCAUUUCGCACGAGGCGUCUUAGAUCUCCGGGAUCAAGAUACCGUCAGCGCAGGCUCAGCAUCUUUCACUCUCAACACUCACACCAUGUCGCGCAGUUUUGACGUCCAUGCAAGUGAUGGGCUGAGACGGUCAGUGUUGAUACGCAACGCCAUGCUCAUCACGGAGCAGCCGCAAGAAGCGCAGCCGCCUACAACUAUUACGUGCGACGAUUAUCAAUUUGAGGAGGAGCAAGUCUGCUCGUCAGGGCCAUGUACCGAGUCAGAGUGGUUCGACGAUCUGCUGGAGGAGCUUGAAGGUGGCGGCUCGGCAGACGCCGGCGUGCAAUCGCAGACUUCAGAUGUGCUACCAGACCAAGAUCCCUGCGUCGAGCUCGACGUGCCGGAGCAUGAAGUCUAUGCUGAUCCGUACUCACACGAUCACUGCCACAGCGACAACUCCCUUUCCAGCAGCGAAGAGCUACCGGCGCUUGUCCUUGACAACGACGAAGAUGAGGAGACCGACUGCGAGGACGACGGCGAAGUCUAUCAGCAAUUUCUUGACGGCAAUCGUAAUACCAUGGAGAACCUCGCAGCGGCCGAGAGGGCGAGGCUUGCGCUUGAUGAUGACAAGAAAGGGCAUGGCUACGAUGCUUGCAUCUCGACCCGCCCAUGGUCGUCAAGUAACGAAAGCGACAAGCCGAGCUUUCACCAUGAUCGCGUCGAGCACUGCAUUUUGGACGGGUCGAGCCGGCGCCGCAUUCUCUGGCACCACCUUCCGCAACACCUCUGGCAACCCUUGGCGCCAUGCGCAGAUGAGUCAAGCGCCUAUUCUGCAGCGCUGGGUAGCAAUGACAUCGUCCGCUCGUGGGAGCGGACUCGGAGGGAUGGCCUGCCCUUUUAAGAUGCCAGAUGUCUCUCGAUAGACCCUUAAUGUUUUGUCGCCCUCUUCUGUAAAAUAGCCUCGCGUCACCCUCUCUCAUUCAGUCUUGCCCCUUGCCAUAAUACCCAAUGCUCGAUUCUCAUCGCCGAUGCCUCCGCACCGAUGCAUCACACCUUCUCAUCAUCUGUGACCGUCUCUACUCUACAUUGCGCCGGGCUCGCUGCCUCGGCGGAGACCCUAGCGGGAUAGUGCGAGUAGCUUUAUUGCCCUCCUCCAUCCAGGCUUACCAGGUUCAGCCAUGAUACCACCUAAGUGGAGCCGUUGCUGGUCAAAGGCAACUACGGAGCUGCAGCUGACUUGUGCGGCCGCCGGCGGCCCUCCCUGAAUCGCGGCGUCGAAG